UAUCACUAUUUUGUUUGUCGGUUUGUAGACGUUAUUAUAGCCUAUGCAAACGGUUUAUAAUAUUAUGGUAUUCUGUGGUUACUCGCCAAUCCAAAAAUUGUAUGAUAUAUUGAUAGGUAAUCAUUGUUAAUGAUAUAAUACAAUGAAUUGUAUUUUACAGUCAAGUAGUCAACAUUUAAUUAGUAAAACCGUAAUUAUUGUUGCAAACCUGUUUAAUUAUUAAUUGGCGAUUAUCGUUACUUACGUACGCCGAUUUCGAAAAACCGUUGUAACGACAGGAACACAGCCGGCGAGCGCAGUCAGUAUAGAUUUUUCACCGGUUCAGCCCGAACACGGUUAAACGGUUUGACGACGAUGGAUACGAGUGAUACGACAGUUUUCCGAAGACGCGGUAACAGCUGUUAUAAAUCGAUAGCAAUGAUUGCCGUGAUCGCCGGCGUUUACGUUUCGAUCGUGUCCGUCUUGCGUUUUGGCCGUUUCCUGGCCGCUUUUAACACUGCUCUGCCGUCCGAUAAUGAUUUAUUACCAUCUAGCUCUCGUAUUUAUUUUAGGAUAAUUGUGAACUGGACACUCGCAUCUAGUUAUUUAUAUUUACCUUCGAUAGUUGGAGUUGUGAUUGAACGGAUCGGCAACUUAUGUGGAUUACCUGAUUGUUAUUUCAAAUUUACUAAAAUUGUCUUGCUUUCAUCUAUUUUAAAUGGAGUUAUUGGAUUUUGGCAGGAAGUUCCUGAGAUAUGUUUAUGGAAUCUGAACAUAUUAUAUCAUGCUGAAAUUAUACACUUUUAUUUGCAUUGUUCCAUGUGGAUUAUAUUAUUCAUGAUUAUGUUAGCAAUAGAUAUUACUGAGAUAACAGGAAUCAAACCGCAUGACCACGUCUCAAUCGUCAAUAUUACGUAUUGUGCUGAUAACAAUUUUACUUAUUCGAGAUUGGUGUGGCCAGAACAGUUGCCCUAUGGUGACAGAAUCAAAGAGCAAAUGUAUUACGUGCCAAAAGACUACAGGUACUCGAAGACACCGUACAAACAGAUCUUAAUCCAAACCGGAAUCGGCAAAAUAUGGGAGAUUCUUAAACCCGACCAGGGUGAGUUCUUUGGAUGUCCCGUGAGUCAAUGUUGGUUGACAUACAACAAGUCUCUGGGUCCGAAUGUCGAUGCGGUGCUUUUCAGACAUAGUUACAGCCGCCCUGAGUACCGAAGGCCGCCAAAUCAGAUUUGGAUUUUAUUAAACACCGAAUGCCCAGUGCAUAACUCGUAUACACCUGUAAGUGACACCAAUGUAUUCAAUUGGACGGCCAACUACCGCUGGGACAGUGAUGUACCGUUUCCUUAUGCAUACUUCAUCGAAAAUAAUUCACCUCUGCCACGUGUCUAUGAAAAAAAUUACGCUCUUAACAAAACAAAGAAAGUGGCGUGGUUUGUUUCGAACUGCAAUCCGUAUAACAAACGUAUGAUUUAUGCAAACGAACUCGCCAAACACAUAUCGGUUGACGUGUACGGUGGCUGCGGGAAACUCCAAUGUCCUAAGACGAAAAAAGCGGAAUGCUUUCAGAUGCUGAAAAAGGAUUAUAAAUUCUAUUUGUCUUUUGAAAGUUCGCAUUGCAUUUAUUAUAUAACUGAAAAGUUUUUCAUGAAUGCACUGAGUAACGACGUAUUGCCGAUCGUCAUGGGACCGAAACGGAGCGAUUACGAAUUAAUAGCGCCAAAUAAUUCAUUCAUACACGUCGACGACUUCGGGUCACCAAAAGAGCUGGCUGACUAUUUGCACUUGUUAGACGGCAACCACCAGCUGUACAACAAAUACUUCCAGUGGAAGGGCUCGGGCACGAUAAUCGAGGACACUCGUUUAUACUGCCGGCUGUGCGCGAUGCUCCACGACACGAACCGUGCGCCCAGGCACUACGAAGACAUCAACAAGUGGUGGAAAGGCCCGGGCACAUGUCCAACAUGAUGAUAAAAUAUUGUUUUAAUAUAAACUGUAAUAAAUAAACGAUUUUUCCAAGACCCUAUUGUUACGAUAACUGAUUAAUAUUGUAAUCGUAAUAUUGACCCAUUUCCUUAGGUCUCUUUCGUUGAUCGUUUCAUUAAAAUAUCAUAUAUAAUAAGUUUAAUUAAUAAAAAGAUUUAAUUUGUCUGAUAUAUAUAUUUUUUAAAUGAUAAAAAAGCAAUGCCAAUGUAUAAGUGUAAACCAUGUAUAAAUAUUAUUCAAUAAUUGGUACAAUUUUUAAACUUAUUACCCAGUUAUUAAAUGUUAUAAAUUCAAUACAAAUAUACAAUCCUAAUAUUACGAUUAAAAAAUAUAAAUAAAUACAUAAUAUAAUAUUA